AUGGGGACCGGCGGACUGGGGACUCUGCUGCUCGUGGAGCUGAGUCUGCUCGCGCUCCGGAGCGCGCCGCUGUCCGUGCGGAGUCAACCUACCCCGAGCCACCACAACGUGAUUGACCUUCUGGCUGCGCUAAACAUGUCCCACCCAAUAAAAGGUGUGUCCAGAUUGCAGGGCGAGACAUCUGGGACUUCCGUAUAUAAACUCCGUUCCAAGGCACCUCACCUGACCCUGCCUCGAGAAUACUCCCACUUCCUCUUCUCCACCCUGCAAGGUAGCAUGGGAGUACACCUGGUUGGGCGUCAGGCACCGGACUCGAGAGCGACCCUGCUGUCUCUCUCCUCUAAGUCCUCCACGAUUUUCCAGAUCUUCUCCUCCACUGUCAGUAACACGCUGCGUUUGGACUACCAGGCUGGGCCAGGCGCUCGGGGUCUCGGUAGCGUAUACUUGCCGGGGGGAAACCCCUUCUCUGGUGCAAACUGGGUUCAGCUGGCACUUGGUCUGGAGCCCAGUAGACUGGCUGUGUUUAUAGACUGCCGUGAGGCUGUGGUCCUGGAAAGAAAACGAGAAGAAAGGAUUAGUCUGGCGCUGCCUCAAGACCUGGUUGUCACGCUGGCCAGCAUACCGGGAGACACCGACAGCAAGUUUGUGGGGUUUGUGAAGACGGCAGAGAUCUCCAUGAAAGCAUAUGUGAGUCGUCCGUGGAGCUGUGCCAACAUUACAGAUACUCUGCCUCCGUCACGUUUUGUACACAACCCAAGCCCAGAUUUCUUGGAUGACAGCCAUGAAGUGUUCCAGCAGGAUGCUUCCAGCGGUAAAUCCCAACCCCCCCACCAGCCAAGGGACCAAACCAGCCCUUAUCCGCAGGGGGUCCAGAGAGGCGUGGUCCUGGGGCCUCCGGGGUCUCCUCAGGGGGUAAAGUCGGAUUCACAGACCCCAGAUGACAAGAGGAUGAGGGCGAUGGAGGAGAAGCUGGAGGCACUGGCUCGUAUGCUAGACAUGGUCAAAGCCCAGAAUGCAGACCUACAGUCACGUGUGCAGCACUUGGAGGGCUGUGAGUGUGUAAGGCGACACUGUGUUUGGGAGGGGCGUGAAGUCGAGGACGGCCAGCACUGGCAGACUCACCUGAAUACCAUUUGCACCUGCACAUCAGGGAAGGUCACAUGCGAGGCUCCUCGCUCUGAAGCAGGUUGUGGGUUGGAUGACCUACCCCGUAAUGUGUCCUACAACACUAUAGAUGGUUGUCAGACCUGUACAUGCAGGGGUGGUAGUAGGGAAUGCUACCCUAAUCCCUGCCCACGACUAGACUGCAAUGAACUGGAGACUUUACCCAGAGAGUGCUGCCAAAGAUGCAGAGGCUGCAUCCAUUUUGGCAUCAAGUAUGACCACAGAGCCGAGUGGAGACCAGUGGAGAGCCCCUGUGAUGUGUGCCGCUGUGAGGAGGGCCGUGUCAGUUGUGAGAGGGAACGAUGUCAGACCCCUUGUAAAAACCCCUCAUCUCCCCCACCUCACACCUGCUGCCCCAUUUGCCACGGUUGCGGUGUGAACGGUCAAGACUUUCUUAAUGGAGCUGUGAUCCCCGCCAGAGACCGUUGUCAGGAAUGUGUAUGCCAGAAUGGAAAUGUCGUGUGUUCACCCCUUCUGUGUCCUGCCGUGUCUUGUCGAAACCCUGUGCAUCGUCCUGGAGACUGCUGUCCAAGAUGUGAGCAGUGUGAGUACGAGGCUAAGCUAUAUCUAGAUGGACAGGACUUCCUCUCCAGGGCAGACCCCUGCCUCCGCUGCCAUUGCUCUGCAGGUGAGGUGUCCUGUAGGCGAACCGAUGCAUCGUGUCCCACGCUGCACUGCAGCCACCCGGCCAAGCCCAGAGGACAAUGCUGUCCCACCUGCGAUGAGUGUGAGUAUGACAGACGGGUCUAUGCCAACGGUAAAGUAUUCAGCCCUGCUGGGAGUGGACCUUGCCUGCAAUGCAGGUGUAAGGGGGGCAGUGUGAUAUGCCACGAGGAGAAGUGCUCUCCUGUCCAGUGCUCCAACCCUAUCAACGACCCACAUUUCUGUUGCCCUAUCUGUAAAGUGUGUGUGUUGGAUGGGGUAGAGUAUAUAGAGGGUUCCCAGUGGCAUCCUGAGGGGCCCUGCUCCAGCUGCUCUUGUGUGAAUGGGGAGACUGUGUGUACACACACACAUUGCCCCCCUACUGAUUGCCUGCACCCCACCAAGAAAACUGGCUCCUGUUGUGCAGUGUGUGAAAGCUGCACCUAUAACCAUCGUAUCUAUAGCAAUGGACAGAGGUUCACAACCCCUGAUAAGCCAUGCCAUGUCUGCACCUGUCUGGAUGGCAACGUAGAGUGUACGAGAAGACCCUGCCGACCUCUCAACUGUACAAACUCGUACACACCACCUGGAGAGUGCUGCGCUAAAUGUCCUGACUGUACUUUUGAAAAUCGUGUAUUUGUUGAUGGCGAGGCUUUCCCUAAUCCUGUGAGCUCAUGUGAGGAAUGCGUGUGUGUGGGAGGAAGAGUCGACUGCCGUCCUUCUCAGUGCCCACGUCCUAACUGUAAUGCCCCGCUGCCCGGGACAUGCUGCCAGACUAACUGCAACGGUUGCAGCUAUGCUGGGAAGGAUUACCCCAACGGAGAAGAGUUUCCCCAUCCUACUGAUGCAUGCAGGACCUGCAACUGCAUAAAUGGCAAUGUCCAUUGUCUGAAGAAGAGGUGCCCUCCUCUGCAGUGCUCCAACCCGAGCCGACUUCCUGGAGAGUGCUGCCCGCAAUGUCCUGCGCCACCUUUGGACUGUGUGUACCAACAGCAGCCCUACAGACACACAGAGCGUUUCUACGACUCAGCCGACACCUGUCGAUUGUGUCUCUGCACCAACGGGACGGUGCACUGUCAACGCAAGCCCUGCGCCCUCGCCCAGUGCACCCACCCAAUCACCCAGGAGUGCUGUCGGACCUGCGAAGGAUGUCUGUACGAGGGAAGAGAGCGAGCCAGUGGGGAGAUGUGGGACGACGUGUCGGACCCAUGCGGCAUGUGUGUGUGUCGAGAAGGCUCCGUCAGAUGUGAAAGGAAGCAUUGUCCGCCGUCCAACUGUCGCUACCCAGUUCAGCGACAGUGCUGCAUGGCCUGUGAUGGCUGCAUGUACGAUGGUCAAGAAUAUCCUGACGGUUAUGAGUUUGUCAGUGGACAGGACCCCUGUGGUAUAUGCACUUGCUAUGGCGGGGAUGUUGUUUGCACCAAGCUACCUUGUUAUGAGGACUGCAGCCACCCUUACACACCCCCAGGGCAAUGCUGUGGAGAAUGCAACCGCUGUUCCUACAACAAUCUGGUCCUCAUCAAUGGUCAGUCCAUCCCGGACCCGAGUAACCACUGCUCUGAGUGUACUUGCCAGAGUGGUUCAGUGAGGUGCGUGAGAAAGCACUGUCAGCCAGCCCCCUGUCCUCACCCUGUCACCAACCCAUGCGGCUGUCCCAUCUGUGAUGGUUGUCUCUUCCAAGGUGUGACAUACGUCAACGGACAGGUCCUGGCAGGAGGAAGAGAAGGAUGUCAGGACUGCACGUGCACAAGAGGUGAGGUGGUGUGUGUGAAACGAACAUGCCCUGCGGUGCCGUGCCCUCACCCUGCGUUGGAUGGCUGUGUAUGUGGAGUGUGCGAUGGCUGCCACUUCAAUGGCCGAGACUGUUUCAGUGGAGAGCGCUUCACCCACCCUACAGACCACUGUCAGCUCUGCUCCUGUCUGAAUGGCGGUGUAGCGUGUGUGCCUGUGUCCUGCCCGAGCGUUUUGUGCGCACGCCCUGUGACUCCACCAGGGGAGUGCUGCCCCAUCUGCACAGGGGUGUGUCUGCAUCAGCGGGAGGAGUAUCAGUCCGGCACCUCCUUCACCCCACCCACUGACCCUUGCUCCACGUGCACCUGCUUGAACGAGGUAGUGACCUGCCAGAAGAGGCCAUGUCCAGUCCAGUGUACCCAUCCUGUCCCCUCGGAUGCCUGCUGUCCCAUUUGUGACUCGUGUUUGUAUGAAGGUGUGGCCCACACUGACAGGCACACCUUCACCCCGUCCUCCAACCCUUGCCAGCGCUGCACCUGCGUCGGGGGGACUGUCACUUGCGUGCCUAUCCUCUGCCCUCCCACCCCCUGUGCCCGACCGAUAACGAAGCCGGGACAAUGCUGCCCUCAGUGCACAGUGUGUAUGCUGGAGGGUCAGGAGUACAGCGACGGGCAGAAAUGGACCCUCAGUUCCAACCAUUGCUCUACAUGCACCUGCCGGGCAGGUGAGGUGCAAUGUGUCUCCCCUGAGUGUCCCAGGCUCACCUGUAUGCACCGAGUAACCGAUCCAGGAGCCUGUUGUCCUCGUUGUAGAGGUUGUGUGUAUGGUGGCGAGGAGCAUGCUGAAGGCAGCAGCUGGUUUGCAGACUCCACUCCCUGUAUGACCUGUAUGUGCGUGGAUGGAGUGACAACGUGCUCCGAAGUGCGCUGUGUCUCGCCCUGUAUCAACACCAUCAGCGUGCCGGGGGAGUGCUGUCCUGUGUGUGCAGAUUGUGUGUUUGAGGGUAGAGUGUAUGGCCCAGGUGACAGCUUCCAGCCCAGCGAUGACCCCUGCCAGAUCUGUACUUGUGAGGUGAUGCCGGAUGGAGAGCAGCACCUGAGGUGUUACCGUAAACAGUGCCCGAGUCUAGUGGACUGUCCCAAGAACAAUAUCCUGUUCUCCAGCCCAGACUCCUGCUGUCCUGUCUGUGCACAGCCGCUCAGUAACUGCACCGCUACGCUGAUUGGUAAUGAGGUCUUAGCUACUGAUGACCCCUGCUUCACCUGCCAGUGCAAGGACUUGACAUGGACCUGUGUGCACCAAAGCUGCCCACCACUCACUUGCCCCCAUAGCGAACAGUUCAUGCCCCCAGACUCCUGCUGUCCUGUGUGUGAAGAGUGUGUGAUCGAGGGUCAGAAGAGGCGCGUGCCUAAUGGUGGACGCUGGACAGACAGCGAUGACGACUGCGUCACUUGCGCCUGUAAUCUGGGCUAUAUCGAGUGCAGCAUCGAGGAGUGUGUACCUUUGCUGUGUCACAGUGGCCAGAUACAAGUGAAAGUUCCCGGGAAGUGUUGCUACGAAUGCCAAGACUCGGGGGUGUCGUGCACACACCUGGGCACAGUCUAUCAGUCUAAUGAACAGUGGGAUGUAGACGAGUGUACCAGCUGCACUUGUGUGUCUGGAGAUGUACACUGUCACAGUGAACGCUGCCCCCCCCUCGCCUGUGCAACGGACGAGAUGCCAGCUGUGGUGCCAGGCGUAUGUUGUCCCCAUUGUCUGCCUCGUCCGGCCACCUGCAUUGCCUUCGGAGACCCGCAUUACCGCACCUUCGAUGGCCGCAUGUUGCACUUCCAGGGAGCGUGCACGUAUGUCCUGGCUCAGGACUGUGAAAAUGGAGACUUUAGCAUCCAUGCCACUAAUGAUGACCGUGGGCGCAAAGGAGUGUCAUGGACUAAAGAAGUAACUGUGUUUAUAGGAGACAUGACAGUCCAGCUUCUCCAGGACUGGGUUGUCAAGGUUAAUGGUGAAGUGGUGAACCUGCCGUUUCUCAGAGAACCUUACAUCUACGUAGAGCGGCAAACCAAUACUGUUCUGCUCAACACUAAUAUUGGCCUGAAGGUACUGUGGAGUGGCCGUUCUCACCUGGAAGUGAGUGUACCCGGCUCCUAUAAGACCCACACCUGUGGCCUAUGUGGAAACUUCAAUAACUACCACCAGGAUGACCUCCGAAUGCCCAGUGGACAGAUCAGCCUAUCAGAAGCCGCGUUUGGCAAUAGCUGGAGGGUUGCAAACGGUAGCCACUCCCUCUCCUCUUGCCGUCAUGGUGAGGAUGUGGACCCUUGUAAGGAUGCCGGCUACCAGGCCAGGAAGGGGGCCAAUGGCCGCUGUAAGGUUCUCAAGUCCACUGUCUUCAAGCCCUGCCACCGCGUGGUUCCUCCAGAACCUUGGUAUGGGGCGUGCGUGUAUGAUCUGUGCGCCUGCGGGGCAAACGCUGACGAGUGUCUUUGCGACACACUGGAGGCCUACGCUGGUCAGUGUAGAGAGGCCGGAGUCAAACUGCAAUGGAGGAGUCCGUCGCUGUGUGCGGUGGGAUGUCCGGUGGAGAGGGGCUUUGUGUUUGAUGAGUGCGGUCCUCCGUGUCCAGUAACCUGCUUUAAUGUGGAUGUACCACUCGGGGUGAUAGAGAGCCACUGUUUUAAGCCUUGUGUUCCCGGCUGCCAGUGUCCCGCUGGUCUGGUUUUACACAACAACUACUGCAUACCCGCAGAGAAAUGCCCCAAGAUCAUCCAUGGUAAUUCCUCUUAA